AUCAAUCUUCUCUUCUUCUUCCCUUCAUCAUUGAUCCCCUCCAUUCCCAAAUGGGUUUCUUUUAUUUCUUCACACAUGUGAUUCUGUUGUUUCAUUUCCUUCUGAAGUUUUCUGAAAUGUCAUGGAUCAACUUGGUAUUGCUUUCUAAGUCCUCUUCUUCGUUUUUUUUUUCUUUCCUAAAGGUGUUCGGAAAUCUCUGCGACCACUAUCACAGAACCAAUAGCGGCGAUAGCAGCGCCAGUCCCGGAAAAUCCUGCGGCGGCAAUGCUUAUUGGGCAAAUGGAAGUUGAAUUUUUUGCCAACUGUGAGUGUUGUGGGCUGUCGGAGGAGUGUACAGAGGCUUACAUCGAGGGAGUCCGCCGCCGAUUCGACGGAAAAUGGAUUUGCGGCCUGUGUUCGGAGGCAGUUCAAGACGAGAUUCUCAAGUCCGACGUCGUACUAAUCACCACCGAGGAAGCCAUGGCCAAGCACAUGAGCUUCUGCAAGAAAUUCGCCGCCACCGCAGGGCCACCUCCGGACCCGACGCCCCAUCUCAUAACGGCAAUGAGACAGAUCCUCCGCCGCAGUUUAGACUCCCCAAGAGCCUUGAGGUCCAAGCGGACCAGUCGAACCUCCGGCGCAGACAAAAUACGCGGCCGGGUUCUUGGUUGACAUGAGCAAUGAAUUGACAGAUAAUUGGGAAUAGAAUCGAUCUUUGAUGCUCAAUGUGAAAUGGUAAGGCGUUAAGUUAGAUCUCUGAAUCUGUAAUUUUGCAGAAAUAUAGUUUCUUUUGCUAUUGCUUUCGUUUUAUUUUCCGAGAGAAAAUUGACUCUGAAAUAGGAAUAAUACUGAAUAACAAAAAGACAAAUUAAAGGGAAAUUUGUGGAAAUGGGUGACCUAAGAGAAUCAAUAAUUGAGUUUGAAAAAUAGGUUAA